UUUCAACGAAACCGUAAGAACCGAUCACUGCCACCAUCACCACCAACCGCCUCCAUCGCCUCCCAUCAAAACUCAAAUUACACACUCUCAGGGAACCCAGAAGAAAACCCGUCUUCAAUGGCCACCAGUAAGAGCUACUUUGCUCGACAAAACUACCGAUUUCUGUCUGGCGACGAGGCCCUGCACGCGCCACUCACGCCCGACUCCGCAUUUGAACUCGACGAGUCUGACAUUUAUAACAAUUCAGUCACAACUCGUUCCAACUCGACCGAGUUUCUCAAAUCUCUACCGAGUUCCAGACUCACCAAGAAGUCCACAGCAACAGCAGCGGCGUUGAACAGAUGCAGCGUCCCUGGAGACAGAGUCGUCGGGACUCCAUCGUCACUUCCGGUUAACAUACCGGACUGGUCGAAGAUAUUGAAAGAUGAGUACAGGGAGAGUCGUCGUGGAAGAGAUAUGGACGACGACGAUGAUGACGUCGACGGAGAGGAUUAUUUCCACGGAGGAGCGAGGGUUCCGCCGCACGAGUUUUUGGCGAGGACGAGGAUCGCAUCGUUCUCGGUGCAUGAAGGGGUAGGGAGGACUUUGAAAGGGAGGGAUCUGAGCAGGGUUAGAAAUGCAAUUUGGGAGAAAACUGGGUUUCAAGAUUAAAAAAAAAACAUCCACAAAUGAAGGGUUUUUUGUUUCCUUCCUUAUUUUAGAAAUAUCGGAAAAAUAACAGAAUUUAUAGAGAGAAAUUCAUCAGCACAGAUUUUCUAGAGAAAGUGACAGAUGGGUUUUUUAACUUUUUUUUUAUUUUAAGAUUAAAGAACUUUUAUGCGUGUGAUAUGAUGUUAGUGUAGAGAUUGUAUGAGAAAUUUGCGUAGAAAAUCUCACUGUUAUUAUUAUUGUUUUAUCAAUAAAAUUGUAGAGAUUUUAUCAAUGAACUAAAUGAAGAUUAUUCAUUAA